AUGAUCAACUACACAUCUUCUGCAACAGCCAUUUACCGGCAACUGUUGCACGGGCCCAUUAGCACUCGAAGAAUAAAAACAAACACACAAGCCCAGAAAACCACACCAAAACAAGGGGAGAAAACUGAAUGCAAUGGAUAUGCGUUUGCCAAAGUUUCAAUUCUGCCGGCGGAGACACUGCACUGCACGUAUUUUGAAGAGGAAAAGAGGCGGUUGAGGAGGGAGCGGAGUCACGUGAGCUGCACCGCGGGAGAGACUGGGACGCCGCGAGGCGACGCGGCGGCUGCUGCGGGGAGCGCGGGAGUGUGGAGUCCCGGGCGGGAGCUCGGAGCGCCCGCACUCGGCGCAGCGCGGCGCGGCUGGACUCCGGGCGCCGGUGGCGCGGCUGAGAGGGGCGUGCAGUUCGCGAAAUGCCCCUUGUCAAAGGCCUUCGGAGACCACAGUCUCCGUCUGGAGCCCAAAGCGGGCCAGACCUCCUCCCCGGAUCUCCCCUUCUGCGGCUGGGAGAGGAAGGCAGGGGAGCCCCCAGGUAUCAUUCCCCUCUCGCCCCAUCGGGAAACUGAUGCUGAAAGAGCCAGAGAGAGAAAGAAAAAAAAAAUCGCGGAGAGGGGCCGCCCGAGCGACCGAAGGCACCGGGCAGCGCCAGCGACAGAGGGAAAUUUGUUGGGGGAGACAAGGAGACAAGGCCCCAGAAUUUAGGGAACUCCGAAGCUUGGAGCUGGAGUCCUGAAAUUGACUCAGAUGACAACCGCUGUGGAUCUGUGCCAGGAGCCACGCCCUGAGGGAAGGGCGUCCUAAGACCUGUUGCGUGGAAUCCCCACUGGGAAAGCCUCAGUAAACUCCAGAACGCAACUACUGCACGUUCCAAUCUCCCGCCACCUUCCUAAUGCCUUAGCUAGGACCUCGACCACCUCAGCAAGAAGUUACCUCUCCUUUGCCGUGGAAAAGAGGGAAUCUUGUCUGAAACCUACUUCACGGUGUUACAUGUUUGUAUUAUCGGGAAAUAACCUUAAUUUAUUGACCUGACAUGUCACUAGCUUUCAGCUUAGCCCAGGGGACGAAUCAUGAUGACAUUUCAGGCACCCUCAAACCUUAUCACAGGGACUCAACCCUAAGUGGUUGAGGUCAGCUCUUCAGAUAAGAAAAAGGUUUUAUAAACAUAUAUUAAUAUUUAUUGAGAUAAGUGA